AAAACGAAAGAUUGGAGCGAUCUUGCUAUUUUAAGCCAAUAACAAGCAUACAUCUACUUGUCACUGUAUUCUGUGAGAGAAAGAAUUGAUUUCUGCAGUGCGGUUUGGAGAACGAUGUAUGACACAGAUGGCUUGAAAUUUCCAGCUAGCUUCUGAGGAACGGCAGGUGCUGCAUAUGGAUAAGGCUAUUUCUAAUUCAAGCUUUCUCUUGCUCGACCUGGGGGAAAAAGGACAGCUACCAAAACUGUGCCGGGGUGGGAGUGGUAGGAGGAGGGGACAACACUGAGAAUUUGUUAUAAGAAAAUGGAUUGCUUCCUUUGUUAGGAAUGACCCAUAGUACUGCACUUCUGUGAACUUCAUGCAUGAAUUGUGUGAUGUCACAGUACAGCUAAAUGCAGCCUGCCAAGCCUAUAGCUGCACUGCUUUUUUCCCACUGAUUUAUUGGCAGAGGAUCGGCUAGCUAGCUCAGAUCAGCGUACGCUCUUUGUACAGGCAGCAUCUUGGGAAUAGCGCUGAGGACUGACACCUCACUGUCAAUGUGAAAUUCAGCCUUGUCAUGCCCUUUCUUUCUAGUCUGGAUCAUUUAUUUGGUACAGUUUGCCUCGAUGCCUACACACCGUGGAGCAGAAGGAAAUCUAGCAAAAGAAAGGGCUGCUGGGCCACCCAUAUUGUGGCUUUAUCAAAUGAGGAAAUCCAGACUACGUUUGCAUUCUGCAGAAGAUGAAAUGCUUUCCCUGCAGUUUCUCGCAGGCAUUUAAAUCUUCCACUGCUGGUGCUAGCACACUGAUGUCAGCCUCAUCUUUUGAUCAAGCUGAUAUUAUUUCAACAGUUGAAUUCAACUACUCUGGAGACCUGCUUGCAACUGGGGAUAAGGGCGGUAGAGUUGUCAUAUUUCAACGAGAACAGGAGAGUAAAAACCGUCCUCACUCCAGAGGCGAAUACAACGUUUACAGCACUUUCCAGAGUCAUGAACCUGAAUUUGACUAUUUGAAAAGUCUAGAAAUUGAGGAAAAAAUUAAUAAAAUUCGGUGGUUACCUCAACAAAAUGCUGCUCAUUCCCUGCUGUCUACUAAUGAUAAAACGAUUAAAUUGUGGAAAAUCAGUGAAAGGGACAAAAAGGCAGAGGGUUAUAACUUGAAAGAGGAAGAUGGCAGACUUAGAGAUCCCUUUAGAAUUACUUCACUACGGGUGCCUGUUUUGCAGCCCAUGGACUUGAUGGUAGAAGCAAGUCCCAGAAGAAUAUUUGCAAAUGCACACACAUAUCAUAUUAACUCGAUUUCAGUAAAUAGUGAUCAUGAAACGUACCUUUCUGCAGAUGACCUAAGAAUAAACCUAUGGCAUUUAGAAAUCACAGAUCGAAGUUUUAACAUUGUAGAUAUUAAGCCUGCCAACAUGGAAGAAUUGACAGAAGUUAUAACGGCAGCAGAGUGUCACCCGAAUCAAUGCAAUGUAUUUGUCUACAGCAGUAGCAAGGGAACUAUACGACUGUGUGACAUGCGUGCAGCAGCCCUCUGCGACAGGCAUACAAAAUUUUUUGAGGAACCAGAAGAUCCAAGCAGCAGAUCAUUCUUUUCUGAAAUCAUCUCAUCAAUAUCUGAUGUAAAGUUCAGUCAUAGUGGCCGGUACAUGAUGACAAGAGACUAUCUCUCAGUCAAGGUGUGGGAUCUGAACAUGGAAAGUAGACCAGUAGAAACAUACCAGGUCCAUGAAUACCUUCGCAGCAAGCUUUGUUCAUUGUAUGAAAACGACUGCAUUUUUGACAAAUUUGAAUGCUGUUGGAAUGGAACAGAUAGUGCUAUUAUGACUGGCUCUUACAAUAACUUCUUCAGAAUGUUUGAUAGAAACACUAGGAGGGAUAUCACUCUUGAGGCAUCCCGAGAGAGCAGCAAACCCCGCGGCAUCUUGAAGCCACGCAAAGUGUGUACUGGUGGCAAGAGGAAGAAGGAUGAGAUAAGCGUUGACAGUCUGGACUUCAACAAGAAGAUCCUCCACACAGCCUGGCACCCUAAAGAAAAUGUCAUUGCUGUAGCUGCCACCAACAACUUGUAUAUAUUCCAGGAUAAAAUGAAUUAAAAUUGGCUUGGAAAGUCAUGAGGGCACAGUUUCGUUCUUGCAUAGUUAAGCCUAUUUGUUUAUCUAAAAG